AGAGAGAGAGAGAGAGAGAGAGAGGGAUUAAGAAAAAAAUGGGUAGGGACCGAUCAAGUUUCAUCAUCAUCCUUUCGACCAUCUCAUUGUUAGCAAAUACGAUUACUUCUCUAAAACUAGGCCGGCACAGUUUCCCCGAUGGUUUCAUUUUUGGGACAGCUGCUUCGGCAUUUCAGUAUGAAGGUGCAACAAACGAAGGUGGCAAAUCUCCAACUAUAUGGGACCACUUCAGCCGCACUUAUCCAGAAAGGACCAAAAUGCAUAACGCCGAUGUAGCCAUUGAUUUUUAUCAUCGUUAUAAGGAUGACAUCAAAUUGAUGAAGGAGUUAAACAUGGAUGCUUUUCGAUUCUCGAUCUCGUGGUCAAGAUUAAUUCCCAGUGGAAAGCUAAAAGAUGGAGUAAACAAAGAAGGUGUACAAUUCUACAAGGAUCUCAUCGACGAACUUCUUGCUAAUGACAUACAACCUUCGAUGACUCUCUAUCAUUGGGAUCACCCACAAACAUUGGAAGACGAAUACGGUGGUUUCUUGAGCCCUAAAAUAGUGGAAGAUUUUCGAGAUUUCGCAAGAACUUGUUUCGAAGAGUUUGGAGAUAAAGUUAAGAUGUGGACAACAAUCAAUGAACCAUAUAUAAUGACCGUUGCGGGUUAUGAUCAAGGUAACAAGGCUGCAGGACGAUGCUCGAAAUGGGUAGACGAGAAGUGUCAUGCUGGCGACUCGAGUACCGAGCCUUACAUUGUUUCACAUCAUACACUUCUUGCUCAUGCCGCUGCAGUAGAAGAAUUCCGAAAAUGCAAACAGAUUUCGCAUGACAGCCAAAUCGGGAUAGUACUGUCACCACGGUGGUUCGAGCCUUAUCAUUCCAACUCUGUUGAUGAUAUAGAAGCAGCUGAACGCACUCUUGCUUUUGAAAUUGGAUGGCAUCUCGAUCCAGUGAUUCAUGGAGAUUAUCCAGAAAUUGUAAAAAGAUACGCAGGAGAUAAAUUGCCUUCGUUUACUGAGGAACAAUCAAAGAUGUUGAAAAAUUCAUCUGAUUUUGUCGGAGUAAAUUACUAUACGGCACGCUUCGCUACUCAUAUGCCUCAUAUCGACCCUGAAAAGCCUCGCUUCAAAACUGAUCAUCAUGUCGAAUGGAAAAUUACCAACCACAGUGGCCACAUUAUUGGACUUGGGGAAGAAAGGGGUUUGUUGCUGUCAUACCCGGAAGGCUUGCGAAAAGUUUUAAACUACAUCAAAGACAAAUACAAUAACAUGCCAGUCUACAUCAAAGAAAAUGGAAUCAAUGACAACGACGAUGGUACAAAACCAAGAGAAGAGAUUCUUAAGGACACCUUUAGGAUUGAAUACCAUACGACACAUUUCGAAGAACUGCACAAAGCUAUAGUGGAAGAUGGAUGCGACGUAAGAGGAUACUACGCAUGGUCACUGAUGGACAACUUUGAAUGGGAACAUGGAUACACAGCCAGAUUUGGUCUUUAUUAUGUUGACUUUGUCAAUGGUCUAAAACGUUAUCCAAAAGAUUCGGUCAAAUGGUUCAAGCGGUUCCUUAAAAGAUCGGUCGGAGAGACUAAAGAAGAGGAUGAAGCAAAGGAGAUGUCAUGUAAGAAGUCACGUGCGAAGGUGAAUAAGACACUGUAUGAGCAAUCUGCGGGGUUCUUUGUAUCUUUCAUGGCGGCGAACCAAUCUAGGAGAGAAGAAGAGACAAAUCGUUGCUCGUUUGAUUAUCCUUAUAAUCAUUUUGGUGUUUUGCAAGAGAUAGAGAACCCAUCGUCAUUUUAUUGAUUUCAUGUAUCCCUUAUUGUUUCUUUUAUUUUUCUUUCAUCGCUUAUGGUUAAAUAUGUUGUUGUUAAAAAUUGGUUUGGUACUUACAUAUGAAAAUAUUAUUUUUGGAAGCUAAUGGGUGGUGGCA